UUUUUUUCUCCCUUCAAUUGAUAUAAAAUUAUUAAUUAUUAUUUGUUCAUUGUCCUGCAAUCCACUCGCUUAAUUCGUCUUCAGUUUUAUACAAAUUAAUCCAACACACAAAACUCAUGUUCCAUUUUAAGUCCUAUAAAUAGAGACAUACUCUUUCUAUAUCAAUACACAAAAAACAUUCAUCUAAUCUUUACUUCUAUAUCCAAAGAGAAACAUGAAGCCUUCAAUCUUAUUAGCAUUUUGCGUCAUUUAUUUAGCUUUCAUUUGCAAAACUAUUGCAGCCCCUGAACCAGUGCUUGACAUCUCAGGUAAGAAAGUGACAACAGGUGUCAAAUACUACAUUUUACCAGUCAUUAGAGGCAGAGGUGGUGGUUUAACAGUUGCAAAUGUAAGCAACCUCAACAGCGACAAUAAUCCAUGUCCCCUUUAUGCUAUUCAAGAGAAGCUUGAAGUAAAGAAUGGUGCACCAGUUACUUUCACACCUUAUAAUGCUAAAAAAGGUGUGAUUCUAACUUCAACUGAUCUCAACAUUAAAUCCUAUGUAAAUACUACAUGUCCUCAAACACAAGUUUGGAAGCUUCUUAAAGUUUUGUCAGGGGUGUGGUUUUUGAGUGCCUGGGGUGAAGAAGGUAAUCCAGGUAUUAAUACAAUUUCCAAUUGGUUCAAGAUUGAGAAAGCUGGCAAAGAUUAUGUGUUAUCUUUUUGUCCUUCAGUUUGUAAGUGUCAGACUCUGUGUAGGGAAUUAGGGUUAUAUGUUGAUGAUAAUGGGAUUAAGCACUUAGCUCUUAGUGAUAAGGUUCCAUCAUUUAGGGUUGUGUUUAAAAGAGCUUAAGUGAAACAAACAACACUAGAAUACCAUAAAUGUUAUGCACUUAUGCAUACCAUAUCGCUUAUGUUGAAGGAAUAAUCUCACUGAUCAGUGUUCUACUUUAUUUAUGUUGUUUGUAUUUAUCUUCAAUAAUAACAGUUUGACUUUGUAUUUCA